AUGUAUUCUUCUACCUCAGAAAAUAAUACCAUAACUUCUAUUGGCAACUCUGGCUUUGGUCCAAAUUAUGUGCAAGAAGAUAUGGAGAGUAAAGAGGCUUAUCGGUUACCACCAAAUACUUUCAUUGAGUCAGAAUCCUUUUGUUUACCACCAAUGUUUGAACUAGAUAUUCGAGUCCCAAAUUAUGCUUUGAGACGUCGAAACGCUGUAGUAGAAGCUAUAUUGGAUGAACCACUUUUUUUAUUUCAUUUGUUAAAUAUUUAUAUUAUAACAUCCAUAGAAGUAUAUAGUUAA